AUUUAAUUUAAAACAUUAUAACAUGACAAAAGGGUUUUACUUAUCUUCAUAUUAGGGUCCACCAUGGCCGCCACCGCUAGCGGUCACCAUUUUCACCAUCUCUUCAACCACAGUUUACGAUCAAUCCUUGCAUCAUCCAAACACAACAGUGGACCAUCCAGUAUCAGAUCCCUAACCUGCAGAGAAGCUUAGAUGAACAAUCCCAAAGAUCCCCAAUCGAAACUGAGAGCCUCGCACCGUGAUACGCCGGAGGACGAAAACCCUCGUCGCCGAAGAGACAUUGCCGCUGAGACGCAAAUCGAGAGUAGGGGUUCGGGAACGAUCCUGCAAAAGAGGUGAAGCUGGUGGAGACAGAGUCGAUGGAAGUCAGUGCUGGGAAGCACGAGUCCGGUUUGGCGAUCGAUCUGGAGGGUCUGGAUGAACUGGAAGGGGAAGGUGGAGGCCUUGCGAAUGGCGAAGGCAACAGCGGCGACAGAAGGCACGAUGAGGCAGAAGGCGUCAUCAGAAUCGGAGGUAGGGUUGUCGUUGUGCGUGAUAGGGAGGCUGACUGAAUUGGAGGAGUGUUUGCAGAGGGGCGUUUGCAGAGGAGAAAAUGCUUGUAGGGGAAGAGGGGAAAAGUUUGAAGAACCAUGGGCCACACGACGUUGCUGGCGUGAGCGGCGUGAGGGGAAAAGUUUUGAAUAUUUGGUUUUUUUUUGGACGGUUUGUGGGGCGCGUUUGUCGAACUCCUCUUUCCCUCUGCGGACGGCGACAUUUGUCAUGGCCCCAACGGUGGCGUUUGUCAUGGCUCCAACGGUAGCGUUUUUUAGUUUGAGAGGGAGAAAGGGUGUGUGUGUCUCUGGGGAGUGAGGGUUUGAGGAUGGAAGUGGGAAAGAAGCAGCUUGGACGGAGGAACGAAGAGGUGAAAGGUGAUAAGUGGUUUGAGGGAAGAAGAAGCACCACGUGGAUUUGAUUAAUUUAAUGCGCAAUGUCAUGUCAUCAAAACAAAAAUACAGCUCAACUCAAUUUAACGCUGUUUGGAACAACUUAACGGUUAGGAUAAAAUUGACUCAAUUUUACAAAUAUUUAGACCCAAUUGGGAUAUUUUAUAAAUAUAUAGACCCAAUUGAGACAGUUGAAAAUAUGAAGACCCACUUGAGAUUCCCAUACAAAUACGAGGAUCAUUCGAGGG